GUCACCACCAUAACCAAAGUGUCACCAUGGCGUUCGCGGGUUUGAAGAAACAGAUUAACAAAGCUAAUCAGUAUAUGACUGAGAAGAUGGGCGGAGCGGAAGGAACCAAGCUCGACGUCGACUUUAUGGAUAUGGAGAGGAAAACAGACGUCACGUACGAGCUGGUGGAGGAGUUACAAAUGAAAACGAAAGAGUUCCUUCAGCCAAAUCCUACAGCAAGAGCGAAGAUGGCCGCGGUCAAGGGCAUCAGCAAGCUCAGCGGUCAGGCGAAAGCCUCGACUUAUCCCCAGCCAGAAGGUGUUCUCGGCGAUUGUAUGCUUACUUAUGGAAAGAAACUAGGGGAGGAUAGUAUUUUCGCUCAAGCUCUCAUUGAAAUGGGCGAGGCGAUGAAGCAGAUGGCGGACGUGAAAUAUUCGUUGGACGACAACAUUAAACAAAACUUCCUGGAGCCGCUGCACCAUUUGCAGACUAAAGACCUGAAAGAAGUGAUGCAUCACCGGAAAAAACUUCAGGGACGAAGGCUGGACUUCGAUUGCAAGAGAAGACGUCAAGCGAAAGCCGGAAAAAGAUCUAGCAGUCCUCAUUUUGGAAGUCCAGCGAAAAGUUCAUCACCAUAUACUGACGACGAGAUUCGUCAAGCCGAGGAAAAAUUCGCUGAGAGUCUCCACCUAGCACAAUUGGGCAUGUUCAAUCUUUUGGAAAAUGACGUAGAACAAGUGGCACAGUUGGCAACAUUCAGUGAAGCUCUUCUGGAGUAUCAUCAACAGUGUACUGAGAUUUUGAGAACAUUAACAGAGACACUUUUAGAGAAAAAAGACGAAGCGGCGAAUAAACCAAAACUGGAAUUCGUACCGAAAACAUUGGCUGAUUUGCACGUCGAUGGAUUACCUACAUCGGAUGCUAUGAACGGUGGGAACUUCUCCCUCCAUGGGGCAAGUCGAGCCGGGUCUCCAAUUCAUGUGGAGGGGAAGCGCUCGCAGCUCGAGCUAUUUCCAGCCGGAAACCCGCCACAAUCUGCCAAUGGGCAAGAAACUUCUCCCUUACCAUCUCCAAGCAAAUCGCCAGCCAGGACUCCGAUGACAAGACAACCAUGUUGCACAGCUUUGUACGAUUUCGAAGCAGAAAAUCCUGGAGAACUCGGCUUCAAAGUAAAUAUAACUUAUAUUCCAUUCAAAUUUUGUCUAUCUAUUUCUAAUAAAAUAUUGUUAAGUGACCUGAUAAGAAACGAUAGCCAUUAUUAA